AUGGAGUUUGCUCUUAAGUAUUUCGUUAUUUUCCUUCUUCUGUCUAUGGUCACUCAAGGACUGUGCGGAUGCACUUUCGAUGAGAUUGAAAUCGGGACGGAAAGGACGGGGAAAGAAAUCUCCGGACAAACGGAGUGGAAAGUGACGGUGAUCAACACGUGCACCUGUCCUCAGAAGAACGUGACUCUCUCUUGCAGUGGGUUUUCUCCUGUGAAUCCUGUCGACUCUGGACUACUUCUCCCACAAGGAAACACGUGUCUUCUGAUUAAAGGAGAAGCUUUGUCAGCUGGUGGGACCGCUGAGUUCGCUUAUGCCGGCGAGCCUUACAUCUUCAAACCCGUCAGCUCCACGGUUGACCCAAGUUGCAACCAUUAA